GGAAGGUUACAAGAGAUAGAAGAAAGUCUGUUGGACACACUAGUGGCUAAAGGAGAAAAACUUACAAGACACAACGAAGAAAGAAGGGGAUAAAAUAAUACGCGUCAUCUAAAGAUGGGAGACCCUAUCCAGUUAAAAGAUGAGGGAAACAAAUUCUUUCAGGCAGGAGAUAAUGACAAAGCCAUCGAGUGCUACACCAAUGCCGUUAAGGUGUGCAAGGACAAAAAAGUGUUGGCUGUAAUUUACAGGAACAGAUCUGCAUGUCAUCUAAAAAAGGAAAACUAUGCCAAUGCGGCAUCUGAUGCAUCAAAAGCAAUUGAUGUAGAUGCAGCAGACAUCAAAGCCUUGUACCGUCGUUGCCAAGCUCUGGAGAAGCUUGAAAAACUUGACAUGGCCUUUAAAGAUGCGCAGAGAUGUGCCACCCUGGAACCAAAGAACAAGACCUUCCUGGACACGCUCCGCAGACUUGGAGCAAAAAUCCAGGCCAAGCUGAAAACAACAUUUUCUACGGAUUCAAGGGUGCAGAAGAUGUUUGACAUUCUCUUCGAUGAAGAAAUUGGCAAGGAAAAGAAGGAAAAAGCUGCCAACAACUUGAUUGUGUUGUCCAGAGAAGAUGCCGGAGCCGAAAGAAUCUUCCAGAAUAAUGGAGUGUCUAUCCUACUCAAAAUGAUAGAAACGGGCAAACCAGAGAUGAUCCUGGCUGCUGUUCGCGCUCUGUCAGGAAUGUGCACAGGACACAAAGCUCGGGCCAUGGCUAUUGUUAAUCUUGUGGGUGUUGAUAAGCUCUGCAGCAUCAUGGCAGUCGACAAUGAAGAAAUUGCACUAGCAACGUGCAACCUCUUCCAGUGUAUCAAUGACUCCCUCACUGGUGCAGAUAAAAGGGAUUAUGGGAAAGAAGCAUCCUUGGUUUUGGAUGCAUCUAAAGACCUGAAAACAAUUCUUCUUGCUCUGCUGGAGAUGGUUUCCAACGCCAAGGUAUCUGGCCAUGGCAGAGACCAGGCACUGAACCUCCUAACCAAGAACGUACCCCGCAAAAACAAGAAAGAGGGCGACCACUCCAGGAGUCUCUUCACUAUUGAUCACGGUCUGAAGAAGAUCCUCAAGGUGUGUGGUCAGGUUGCUGAACUGCCAGACCAGAUGCCCCUCACAGAAAACACACAACUGAUUGCUAGCGUGCUCCUUAACCUGAUCUACGAUGAUCUCAAAUGUGAUCCAGAGAGAAACAACUUCAGAGAAAUUUGUGAUGAAUACAUCAAAGCCAAAAUUGACCCUAAUAACAUGGAUAAGACCCUUCACGCCAUCAACACUAUCUCAGGGCUGCUGCAGGGUCCCUUUGAAGUUGGCAAUGCUCUCGUGGGACAUCAAGGUGUCAUGGAGAUGAUUGUGGCGCUCUGCGGCUCUGAACGUGAGGUGGACCAGAUGGUUGCCGUGGAAGCGCUGAUCCACUCCUCCACAAAGAUGAGCCGCGCCAGCUUCAUUAUCACCAAUGGUGUGUCCCUGCUCAAGGACAUCUACAAGAAGACCAAGAAUGAAAGGAUUAAAAUUCGUGCUCUAGUGGGUCUCUGUAAACUGGGUUCAGCUGGAGGUGAUGAUUACAGCUUAAGGCAAUUUGCUGAGGGCUCCACAGAGAAGCUGGCCAAGCAGUGCAGAAAGUGGCUCUGUAAUCCCCAGAUCGAUACUAAAACAAGGAAGUGGGCUAUUGAGGGUCUCGCUUAUCUGACCAACGAUGCUGAUGUGAAAGAUGACUUUGUGGAGGACGAGCCUGCAAUGAAAGCCAUGUUUGAACUGGCUAAGUCAACAGAUAAGACUAUCCUGUACGCAGUAGCUUGCAUCCUCGUCAACUGCACCAAUUCCUACGAUAAGAAGGAGAUCAUGCCUGAGCUGGUUCAGCUGGCCAAGUUCUCAAAACAACAUGUUCCUGAACAGCACCCUAAGGACAAGAAAGACUUCAUAGUGAAGAGAGUGAAAAGGAUGCUGAAGGCUGGAGUCAUUUCAGCGCUUGCUGUCAUGGUCAAAGUAGACAAUUCAAUCCUGACUGACCAGAGCAAGGAGAUGCUGGCAAGGGUUUUUUUGGCAUUGUCAGAGGAUCCCAAAGACCAUGGUACUAUUGUUGCCCAAGGUGGAGGAAAGGCUCUGAUACCACUUGCACUGGAAGGUACAGAUGGUGGAAAGGUGAAAGCCAGCCAUGCCCUUGCCAGGAUUGCAAGUAUUUCCAACCCAGAAAUCGCCUUCCCUGGUGAGAGGGUGUAUGAGGUGGUGCGGCCUUUAGUCAGCCUGCUCCACACAGACAAAGAAGGACAACAGAACUACGAGGCUCUGAGAAGCCUAACUAAUCUGGCUGCCUUCAGUGAAAAACUAAGGACAAAGAUUGUGAAAGAGAAGGCUUUGCCAGAGAUUGAGAAUCACAUGUUUGAGCCGAAUGAUAAGAUCAGACUGGCUGCCACUGAGUGCAUGUGCAACCUAGUGACGUGUAAAGAGGUUCAAGAGCGGUACCUGCAGGAUGGAAAUGAUAAGCUGAAGCUGCUGGUGUUGCUAUGCGGAGAAGACGAUGACGGUCUCCAGAUAGCUGCAGCUGGGGCCCUGGCCAUGCUCACAUCGUCUCAGAAGAAGCUCUGCACCAAAAUGACUCUGGUGACCAUCCAGUGGCUUGAGAUCCUGCAGAGGUUGUGUCUCAAUACCAACAUUAAGAUCCAGCACCGUGGUCUCGUGAUCGUCUACAACAUGCUCAACUCAGACGACAAUGAGCUGGCCAAGAAGCUGAUGGAGAGUGAGGUGCUGGAAAUCCUCACAGUUAUUGGAAAGUCGGAGGACAAUCCCAAGAAGCAGGACCCCAUUGAUGUGGCACGCACAUGCCUUGUUAAAGCCAUGGAGCUUGGGCUCAUCAAACCCUUCUCCAGCCCAUCUUAAAAUGCUGGAAACAAAUCAAAGAAUAGCAAUGGAUGUUUUUCUUUAUUCCCUCUAUUACAUAGAGACCUUUUAUUUAUACUUUUUAUAAAUUCAUCAACUUGGCUCCAAUCUCUAAUUUUAAACCUUUUGAAAUAUAAAUCUGCCUGUUUUCUUUUAUUUUCUUCUUUUAUUUUUAUUUUUAUUCUUUUUUAAAAAGGUGGGCAGUAUGAAAAGUACACAUGGGGUAUUUGCUACAGUGACACCAUGAGACAUCUCCUCACUGCUGGAGAAGAACAGUUUUAUUGUUUAUGUUUGUUCUGAGCUGUAACUAAGCUUUCUUUCUUUCUUUUAAAUCUGUUUACAUGCAAUUAUUCAUAUUAACUCUCACGCUUGUGGGUAUUUAGAUUAGCCAAAAUAUACCACUUAAAUAACAUCUAAAUGCUUCAUUGUUUAUUUGUCAUGGUUGUGUUUUUUCUUUCAAACUUCUGUUCUGUGUUUUGUUAUUCUGCUGUUCUCAUUUCAGGGUUUAUGUUUUCUUGAUCUGUUAUUUGUAAAGAUGUUUGGUCUUCUUCUGUUCUUGGUAAGGUCUAUUCUGUGUUUAGUUGCGUCCUUUCCUGUUUGCUUCUUCCUCCUGCUGUAACCUCUGAUUAUUGGCGUCUUGUUGUCUUUCCUGAUUGUUUCCUCAAACCUUAGUGAGUAUAUAUUAUCCUGACUUUCCUCCUUCCCCUGUUAGUCCAUUGUCCUUCAGAUGUUUAGCUCCCUGGGGAAUGCCGAUGUACUUUUCUUUUCUUUUGGAUAUCCUGCUGUGUGCUGUGAUUUUGGUUUAAUAAAGGACUCUGUUUCCUA